CGGCCGGGCCCGGUUCAGCUGCGGGCGGAGUGAGACACGUGACCUUUCCGCCCGGUGAGCGUUCCCUGCCUCUUAAGGUCACUGAUCUGCAGGCAGGAGUUGAUCCUGGAAGAUAUCUCGCUGCUGUGGGUCACCUGGGAAGAACGGGAGGGUCUUCUGCAGCAGUACGGAUUCUGCGUGGCCCCUAUGCAGCUUGCCUGUGUGCAGCAAUGGUCCCCCCACCCCUCGCUAUUCCACAUCUAGGCAUGCAUGCAUGCAGAACCCUCCCUCCUCUCCCGAAAAAUUUCCAUCCUGAAAAUAAAAGCCGCUUACCGGGAACCCACUCCUCUGUUUGUCCUCCACCAAGUACCAGCUGCUGCGACUGGCUACCUUCCUUCUGGCUAGAGAAGAGCUCCUGGCUGCAUGCCUCCAGGGACUCCGGGGUGUCUCCCCCUACCCCAGUACCCUCACUCUCGGUUUCCUCCUCCUCCCCCUCCUCCUCCGCCCCCCCCACUCUGAAGUGUCCAUCGUGAUCCUCGGAUUGGUGGUGGGGUCACCCCCAAGGAUCGCGUCCAGAUCUUUGUAAAAACGGCAGGUUGUGGGAGCAGCGCUGGAGCGGCAGUUUCCGUCGCGGGCUUUGCAAUAGGCACUCCGCAGCUCCUUCACUUUAACCCUGCACUGCAGCGCGUCCCGGUCAUGGCCCCUUUCCAUCAUGGCCCUUGAUACCUGCCUGAAGGUAUUGUAAUUCCUACGGCUGGAGCGCAACUGGGACUGCACAGCUUCCUCCCCCCAAACACUGAUGAGGUCCAGCAACUCGCCUUUGCUCCAUGCUGGGGCUUGUUUGGCGCGUGGAGGCAUGGUCACCUGGAAAGAUUCACUGAUUGCACUCCACACCUGGCUGAGCAAACAGGAAGGGGAUUUUUAAAAUUCCCGGAGCAUUUAAAAGGCGGGUCACCUGAGGCCAGGGCAGUAGAGUUCGAACUGAUGAGCAGAGUGGCUGAACAGGCAUUCUGGGAUACCUCCGAAUACCUCUGGAGGCCAAUAACAGCACUUUUGGUGGCCACGUUGGUGGAGCAGCGCUGCAUCACCAGCGCUGCAGUCGUUAUUCCCCAGGCCGAGGUGGAGUACAGCCAGCGCUGUAGCCAGGUAGAUACAGCGCUGGAUGUGCCUUACAAGUGUGGACGGUGCCCGAUCCUGCAAAGGGCUUUCUGUGAGCCUGGAUUCUUACCCCCCAUGGGGAUUCCCACUGGAGUGCUGCAGAAAUGAGUGGGGGCCUUGUGACAGCAUCUCUGGUGCCCGAGUUCUCCUGACCGGAGCCAGCACUGGGAUCGGAGAGCAGAUGGCAUAUCAUUACUCCAGGUUUGGUGCUGAAAUAGUUCUGACUGCCAGGAGGGGAACCCUGCUGCAGAAAGUGAUGGAGAAAUGCCUGCAGCUGGGAGCAAAGAAAGUCUUUUACAUCCAGGCCGAUAUGUCUUCCCCUCAAGCCCCGGAAGAGGUGGUGCAUUUUGCUUUGCAAAAACUGGGGGGACUGGAUCACCUAGUGCUGAACCACAUUGGCGGGACCCCUUUCCGGAUGUGGGACGGAGAUGUGGAACACACCCGCUGGCUCAUGCAGGUGAAUUUCCUGAGUUACGUGGCUUUGGCAUCUGCAGCUCUUCCCAUCCUGGCUGAGAGUAAAGGAUCUCUAAUUGUGGUUUCUUCCCUCACAGGGAAAAUCUCAACUCCCUUCACAACCUCUUACUCCGCCACCAAGUUUGCUCUGGACGGAUUCUUUAGCUCCCUGCGCCAUGAGCUUGCCAUGCAGAAGCAAGAUGUGUGCAUCACACUCUGCAUCUUGGGGCUGAUCGACACCGAAAUGGCUUUGGAGAAGACGAGGGACAAGGUGUACAUGAGGGCCUAUCCUGCUGCUGAAGCCGCACUGACCAUCAUCAAAGGCGGAGCCACCAGGGCACGGGAGGUGUUCUACCCCUGGUGGCUGGAGCUGCUGUGCUGCCUGCGGGAUUGGUUCCCCGACCAGAGGGAUGUCAUUAUACAGAGCUUCUAUAACUAUACCAGCGCCUGAGGGACGCAGAGCCGCCAUUUGCUUUGCUCUGCAAAUACAGGCACAAGGCCCUCGCCUCCUGCUGAGGUCAAGGUCAGCCAUUGGCUUCUGUGCGACCAGCAUUUGGACCUGGAACAAGAAAUGUCAGGAAAUUCUUGGCUAAGGAUCCAGUAGCAACCUUAGCUCUGACCCCUCCUCUGUCCGCAUCAGCUUUAACUCUGAUCCCUCCUUUGUCCCCAUCAACCUUAGCUCUUAUCCCUCCUCUGUCUAUCAACCUUAACUCUGACCCCCCUUCCAUCCUUAUAAACAUCUGACUGCUCCUCCCUUCCCAUCAACCUUAACUCUGACCCCUACUCUGUCCCCAUCAACCAUAACUCUUUACCCAUUCUGCUCCCUAUCUAUACUCCAAAGACCUUACACUGUUGUCUGAUCGACGCUGCCUCAGCUUCUCAUACCCCUGCCCCUUGCCACAUUGACUCCAGCCUCUGUGGUCUCAGCCAUCCAUUCAUACGGGCUGGAGUCUCCCCUCUGCCCCAGCCCAUGAUGUCCCAGGGCUAGGGAUAAAGACUCCCCACUUCUCCGAUGCAGGAUAGAAACCAUCCUCCCAGCUGUGUCACCCCCACCUCAAAGACAAUCCUCCCUCCCCCAUAGGAGGCAGACCUUCCCAGUGGGAUAAAGCCUUGAGUCCCCCCCACCGCGUUUCCAAGGGCUCAGGGCCUGGGAUUGGCGAGCAGGGGGCAUGGACAUCUUUCAGGAGGGAUAUAUGUUCACCGUAAAAGGUGGACGAUGGCCCCUUUCCCAACCGCAGGCCAGCUCCAUUCAGCCUUUUCUCUCCUUUCCCUACUUAGCCAAUAAGACGUGGGUGCUAGUCUUGGUGUCCCCUCCCGUGGGUGCUACUUCAGGGGGCCCCCUUCCCCUCUUGGCAAAUAAGACAUGGGGACUUCUGGGCUAGCACCCCCUGUGUGUGAGUCAGGUGGUUCCCCCUGCUGUCACUGAGCAAGGAGAGAGUGAGGUGCUCCCCUCGGUGGUGCAGGGAUUUGCUUGGAGGUUUCUCCCCUGCCUGGUUGGCCAGAGCAACAGGCAGAGAUGAUGCUCCCAGCCCCUGUCCCCUGCUGGCUGGUAAUGAAAGGGAAUGUGAAAGAACCAGUAUGCGCCCAACGUGUGACCGCAUCCUACCGGCCGGGUCCAGGGUUCAGGGAGCACACCCUUCCCAGCUGCGCUGUAAGAUCCUUACCCAAACUCACAUGGAGUCAAUGGGAUCAG